AUGAUAUUUCCAACUGAGCCUUACAUUAAGAAGAAGUUCUUUUAUAAGAAUAUGUUAGCAGAUAACUCUAAGAUAGACUUCCUUAAUUAAUAUAAGGUUUUGUAAUAGAUGAAAGAUAAUCACAGCAGUAAAAAUAAAUAGCACAUUCACACUUAAGUUACAUAGGUAAGUCUAUACAAGCCGAUGUUUAGUAUUCAUUCACCACAAUCAUCAUAAACAAUAAAUAAAUCAGAAAGACCAGGAUUUAGUUCUGUUAGACGUUUUCAUACUCAUAAUUCUUAAUAAACUAUUUUAAGCAAACCUCCAAUAGAAACUCCUUAAAUUGAUAGCAGAAAAGAACGUAGAGCUCCAUUACAUAAGAGAAAACUUGUAUUAAAAUAACCAUCUUUGGAAAUUACAGAAUAUCUAGAAUUUUUGAAGUGUCAAAAGCAAUCUAAUAUAUCUAUUAAAUAUUCUGAUUUGCUUAAAGAAGAAUGUCCAAUUGUCACUAUGAACUAAUAGAAAUAGUAGACUUAUAGAAAAUAAAAAGAAGAAUAAAGAAACUAUUUGCAAUUAUUAUAUUAAUGGUAAAUCACAUCCAUAAUCCUCUAGUACGAAUAUAGUUUCUCGUAUAUAAGAUGGAAAUAAUUUCUAGGAUAUUGUUAAUUCGUGUACUCAUCAAUAUCCUAAUCUAAAACAUACUAUCGAUUAGUUGAUACAAGAUAUUGAAGUUGCUUCAUAGAUCUAUACAAGUCCAACUUAAUUAGGAGCUACACUUGGUAGAAUAACUGGAGUUGAUCAUAAAAUAUUUUAUUUGAUGUUUAGACCUAAAGGUGAAUAUCCAGAAUCAAAUUAACUUUAUUCUAUUGAUGAAGAUUUAUGCAGAAAUUAUAAGUUUAUAAAACCAACUAAAUAUGAUAUUUAUUAUAGAAUUUUUGGGGCAGGUGAUUUACCUUUAGAAUUUUAAGAUUAAUUAGGUGAAUCUGUUCCAUAAAUUAAAAAACAUAAAAUAAGACAUUCAGAAUAUUAAUUUGCUUAAUAAAAUAAAGAUGCUCUCCCUUCUAUUGAUUAUGAUUUUGUUAAGAAGAUAUCUUACUACUAAAAAAAUUUAUAAUUAUUCUUAAAGUAGAAAUCAGGAGAUAUCUUAACAAAUCUUAGAUAAUAAAUGAUGGAUGAAGAAAUUAAAAAUGGUAAUUUGCUUAGACAUACUAUACUUUCGAAAUUAAUGGAUUCUGAAAAUUAAAUUGGUCAUUUCCCAUUAGUAACUAGAUAAAAUAGAUAUUUAUUCGAAAAGGUUGAAUACGAUUAAAGAAUACUUAAUAAAUAAAAAAACUGA